GCUGUCGUCUUCGGGUGGCCGCGGUGCCCAGGCCGUGUUGGGGCGGCGCUGAGGGACUCUGGUGACGGCCGGGGGUGUUGCAACGGCCGCCCGUGCCUGUGGGGGGAAGGCCUGGGGGUGUCCUGCUGUAUUAAGCUGUGGUGAGCCGCGGGUUUUGGCUGCCACAGGACACUAUGGGCUACUCCGCUGCCUGCGGCCGUGGUUUGAAGGAGGUUGUAGCAUGAGCCUGGGAACAUGCCCAUCCAGGCCCCCCAGUGGACCGAAUUCUUGUCGUGUCCCAUCUGCUGCCAUGAGUUUGACAGUGGACAGCGCGGCCCCAUCAGCCUCGGGUGCGGCCACACCGUGUGCCGCGCCUGCUUGGCCAAGCUGCAGCGCAACCAGUGUCCUUAUGACCAGACUGUAAUGCGACUGGAACUGGACCAGCUUCCAGUCAAUGGAGCGCUGUUGUCCCUGGUGGGGGCUGGAAGCACCGUGGAGGAGGGGGAACUGCCCCCUCCUCCCCCGGUGCCCCCAACCCACACCCCCAACUACUUCAUGGCAGUCAAGUGCAUUAAGGAGCUGGCACUCUUUCUCAAGCCCUUCUCUGGCACAGGCACCAAUGGCUCCACCUCACUCCUAUCCCGGCCAAUGCAGAGAAAGCUUGUCACACUCAUCAAUUGCCAGCUGGUAGAGGAUGAGGGGCGAGCCAGGGCGGUGAGGGCGGCCCGGUCCCUGGGCGAACGAACAGUCACCGAGCUCAUCCUGCAGCACCAAAACCACCAGCAGCUCUCAGCUAACCUGUGGGCAGCAGUGAGGGCCAGAGGCUGUCAGUUUCUAGGCCCUGCCAUGCAGGAGGAGGUGCUGAAGCUGGUGCUGCUGGCGCUGGAGGAUGGGUCUGCACUCUCCAGGAAGGUGCUGGUGAUGUUCGUGGUGCAGCGGCUGGAGCCUCACUUCCCCCAAGCCUCCAAAACAAGCAUCGGACAUGUUGUUCAGCUACUCUACCGUGCCUCUUGCUUCAAGGUUUCCAAAAGGGAGGGCGACUCGUCCUUGAUGCAACUGAAGGAGGAGUUCCGCACCUACGAGGCACUGAGGCGGGAGCACGACGCCCAGAUUGUUCAGAUUGCCACCGAGGCUGGGCUCAGGAUCGCCCCCGACCAGUGGUCCUCCCUACUCUACGGUGACACAGCGCACAAGUCACACAUGCAGUCCAUCAUUGACAAGCUACAGACCCCACAGUCCUUCGGGCAGUCAGUGCAGGAGCUGGUUAUUGCCCUGCAGCGUACUGGUGACCCUGGCCAGCUGUCUUCCCUGCGGCCUCAGCUGGAGCUGUUGGCAGCACUGGACCCAGCCCCUGAUGCACCUCCGCCAGGGUGGAAGCCAUGUGCGGAGGCCAUGGAAGCAGUGAGGGCAGUGGUGACCGGCCUGGUGCACUUCAUACAGCACCAUGGAAACCGCAAGCUGCCAGAUGCUCACCACCCACACAAUGCCAAGUACAAGACCAGCAUGUGCCGAGACCUCACGCAGCGCAGCGGCUGUCCACGGGGCAACAACUGCACGUUUGCCCACUCCGAGGAAGAGUUGGAGAAGUACCGCAACCGCAGCCGCAAGCACGGUAAGGGUUUGGCCCCGCCCCUGACAGCCCCAGCCAUCAAGACCUCAGCUCAGCAUCUUACAGUUCCUGCAGCACCUCUCACACCACACCCUCCAACUGGUGUGGAGGCCAAAAAUGGGGAGCACGCGCCUCCUACCGGCCCCGUGCCUAAAGCCACCACUGUUGAGGAGAUGCUCCAGGUUGGAGACAUUCCACCCCCAGCUGCCCCACUCUCUUAUGAAACCCACAAGUUUGUACACCUUCCAGCCCACACCCAGUCCGUGCCAGUGAUGCCUGCUCCCACACCCACCCCUGCCAUCAUUCAGCCAGCCCUUGCCCCAGCACCCUUCCACCCAACCCCAGUGGCAGAAUACACGUACAGCUCCUUCCACUGCCAACCUCCAGUGUUUGCCCAGGCUGCCCCUCCCCAGCAGCCCCUUCCCUCGGCCCCUACAGCAGCAGUGUUUCCUGGUCAGGCAACAGCCAUCGUGCCAGACUUGUAUGGCGGCAACCCCCCCACCAUGCUGCUCAACACUGCCCCGGUGUACAAUGUGACCGGCCACACAAAUGAGUACUGCAUCCCCAUCGCCAACACAAAGCCCACCAACUCUGGCCUUCACCCUCUAGUUUCCUGCUGGCCCGACACUAGCUGUGCCACCUUCUGCGUCACCACCUCUCCUUCCACCUCAUCCUCCCUGACACCAGCAGCCUCCAUCAUGGCUACCAAGUCUAUGGAGGAGCUGAAGGAGAGGAAAGAGGCCAUCAUGAACCAGCUGGAAACUAUCGUGGGCAAGGAGGCCACUCACCAGAUGGCCACACAGAUUGCCAAUGGUGAGGAGCUCAGCAAGCCCCAGGAGUUCACGUCCACCUACAGCAUCUGGACCUCUGGGGCAGACUUCUACAUAGCACCCAAGGGCCUCGAGAAGCCCUACGAGCCUGUCACUGGCUAUCGCACCUUUGCCGCCAGGAAAGAAGAGGGCAAGGGAGGCAAGGACGACUUCAUACCCUUUGAUCCGCCGCUAGUGAGCCGCUUUGGACCAAUCUCCCGCAUGUCCCGCACCGUCAUCCAGCCGGCCAACCCCAUCCAGUCCUCGGUGAGCAGCGCCACAGAGACAACCACCACCCCCACCGUGCGGCGCCCCGUGCCAGCCAUCUCACCCAUGCCACAGAUGCUUUACCAGCCGGGUGGGUACACAGUAGGGGUGAUGACCUGCAUCCCCGCCUCCCUGGAGCACAUGAACACGAUGGGCCAUGGCAUUGUGGACCCGGUCUUCACUCAGCUGGAUUCCUCCGGUGGCCUCAGAGCCGUGUCAGCCGAUGCAGCCCAGCAGGAGUGUUUGAGGCAGCAGUUUGCAGCCACCAGGGAAGGACUGGAUGCCAUAGUGCUGGAUGAGAAGAGAAUGGUCGAGCUGCAUGAGGUGCGUCUGAAGGAGGAGCUGAGCCUCGUCAUGAACAGGAUUGAGUUGAAGCGCAAGGAGAUGGAGAGCAAGGCGGCAGCAGCGGCAGGGUCCUCGCAGGAUACUGAGAAGGACCUUGGGGACUUUGAGAAGAACUGGAAAUUUGAUUUUGAGGAUGAAAAGGAAUAACAAGCCCCCUGGCGAGAGGAUGUCCCUCCCUCGCCCAGGCUUGGUGAGGCUGUGUCCUGCGUACCUGCCCUGCAAACUGUGAUCCAGGCGAGGCUCGUCCUCCACCAGCUUUAUGUUGGCCAGGUGAGGGGUGGUGGUGGCUGGGACCUAAUAAUCAAACAGAACAAAAGCAAGAGCAAGGAACUGUCUGGUGAGGAUUUAUGCAAGUUGUAAAUUAUUUUGUGGUUAGGAUGAUAAAAAAUUAAGCUAAAUUAUUUACUUGUAUAGUGUUUUGCUGCCACUGUGCACUCUUGGUCAGUGCAUGGCCAAGAAGAGUGAUUGAGAUUAAUAUAUUUGUAUAUGUUGCAGUUUCCAGUUAACUGCUUGUCACUUGUUAUAGAAGCACAUGGUCAAAUGAGUUUUGUGCUCUUAUCUUCUUGCAUUUCUAAGAAAAACUGGUCAACAUUUCAUGGUGCCAGACAUCAGGUGCUUCUCUAACCCCAGCUGUGUAUCACUCAUUUUUGGUAGAUGCUUUUUUUCAGUCUCCCUUCACCAGUUUGUUAUUUUUGGAACCCUCAUGGCAUGAAAGAAGCCUCUUUUAUGUCUAUACAUAUUGUAUAAAAGAGAGGCCUGCCUGACAAAUGUACAAGGAGUAUUAGAGUACUGAGUGUGUGAUAACAAGGCAGGAGUCUGAUGGAUCUCCAGCCAACUGUUAGUAUGUUCCCAUUGCAGCACAAGGAGGAGGCCUGGAGCAGGCUGAGAGAACAUUGGUUGGGUAAUACCUUUUUUAAUAUGAUGAGAGUAUAUGCAUGUAUUCUGUCAGUGAAUGUUGUCCUCCAACAGUUGUUUGUUUGGUUGUGUGUUGGUACAUAUUGAUCACCUCAGCAUUAACUGUCAGACCAACUGGCUCAGGUGUAUCAUUGUCACGUGUUGUGAAAGUUCCGAGUUGCUGGUGAGGCACAGGUCCUUGCGGCAACACUUCCUUGAUACAACUUUUAAAUGUCUUACAAGAAACAAGAAAAUGUCAUUUGAUAAAGCCUCUGAUCAGAGUGCAGAGUGCAUUCUUUUGAGGUGUAUUUAUUGUCAUGAUUAGACAUACAAGGCCUCUGCAAAAUUUGGAUGGUUUUCUUGAUUUUUCUCAGUUAACAAAUGCCAGACACAAACCUGGCAUGGCCUGCUGCUGUCAGUAUCUCCAUUGGUGAAGCUUUAAGCAAGGUUGCCUACACUUGGUGUGCAUGCUUCACACUGUUCAUUAUUCCCACAGCAGUAUUUUCAGAAAUUGACAAUUGAUAUAUUUUAAAUUAUGAAUAACUGUUUUAUUUUUUAUCAAGUAAUGUAUAAGAUCCUAUGGAUACAUUUAUUUCUGGCAUGGACUAUUUAUAUUUCUUUUUGCAUUUUUAGUUGAGCGUCUGCUUCAUCUUGAUAUCAUAGUUUGCCUGAGAGUUCUAACAUGAUACUCGCAUAUGUGCUGAGCCGUCAACAAUUCUGCAUUGAGGGGCGGAAGCCCCAUAAAAGUAUUGACUCUUUGAGUUGUUGAGGGUUCAGUGGAUCUUCCUCCCCUCCUUCAAAAUCCCCAGCUCAGUGUCAGCUUGGCAUCUGUAAAUAUUUGUUCACAAGUCAGUAUAGAUAUUCAAUGUUCUGCUGAGAGGUCCUGUUUGCUUAAUAUAUAUCUUUUUCACAUUUUUACAAAUGCUAUACAACUGCUUUGAAGUAUUAAGGUUGAAAAUGUGUCAUCAAUCAUAUGCUGGAAACAGAACAUUACCCAGAAAUCAGAGAUAUUUUUAAACUACAAAUGACCCAUUUUGAUGGAGGCCUUUAUAACCUGACUGCUGUCAAUCACCUUGGGCUGUGGGUUGAAGGGAAUCACAAAGCCCUGAACUUCCCUCAGUUUAGGGGAAGAAUGCACAAGAUUCAUAUAACAUGCAGCCCCACUGUCUCAGCAGAACACUGUUGCCUUGCCACUACACUGAACUGCUUUAUUUUGGUUCCCUGUUGGUAGUGUUCACAAAACUGUCCUCUGACUGAGAGUAACUUGUAAUAUUGCCAAUACUAUCUGAGUAGUAAGCAGAUUUUUGAUUGUACAAACUUCACAGUGCAGAUAUAAAAAUGCUUUUUAUUGUUAAGGCUCUUUGUAAAUGCCCAAAUUGUCUAGUGUACAAGUUUGUAAAAUUUUUAUAUUUUUGUAUUUAUUGUCUCCCACUAGUGCAGACGGAUCUUUUCCUCUGUGCUGAUGAACAAGUGGUCUGCCCUGUAGGUUGGCGUAAUGAUGGACAGGCUUACUUUUUUCCCUUCAUAGUGAUAGCAACCCAUUUUAAUCCACUUGGCUAGGAAAGGACCCAACUCUUUGAAGUGACUAUUGCAUCUAGUUUUCCCAUGAGACAAUUGACUUAACAACAGAACUCUGGUUUGUGUUGUUUAUAUUCCUUGCUGUUCAUUUAAUAAUUUUCAGAGUAGAUUGUGAUGAGGGCUUCAUCAAGAACUUUUUAAUGUAGAUUAAAUACUGGCAUUAUAUAAAAUUGGGAUUUGGAUAUAUAUACCUGAACUGUCUUGGAUGAUUGUUCUUGGCAGUGAAAAUGAAUGAUAUUUAAAUUGAUGAUACACUUUGUUGGGACUUAUAAUUUGGAAAUAUUUCAUGCAUCAUUUGUGUCCUUUAGUCUCAAAAAAACAUCUGUAAUGCAUCUUGUCUGAUUUUGGGUCUUUGAUCAGGAAGCUUUUGUAGACCUGUUGUGUUGCGAAACAGUGUAGUGCCAUGUCAAAGAACAAAGGUAUUUGACAGUUGAUUUAUGCAACAGGUACUGGAGGGUGCCUAAUUUUAUCCCAUUAGACCCCAAUUCUGUUAAAUUAGUCACAGUUUUUAUUAUUAUUAUAAAAUAGUACCUAUUCACCAUGUACAAAAGGUAGAAGGGCUCCUCACAGCCUCUGCCAAAGCCCAACUGCAUUCCCCAAAGGCCCAGAGCUUGGUCUUGUUUUUGGUCAUUGUACUCACUAAAAAUUUUCCUGCUUCAUUUGGGAUCUUUAAAAGCAUAACCAAGGAAUAGACCCUGAGAGCAUGAUGCAUCACUUUCUCAUUUUGAUGCCUGGAAUGCAAAAUGUGUUACUAACGUGAGCAUGGCAAGUUGGACGUUGCCGUGUACAGGCACUUUGAAAAACAGUGUGUCAAGUUUUUAAAUGUUAAUGUAUCAUGCAAUGGGCUGUUGCCUUGUCAUCUGUUGAAUUUCUCAAAAGUUUAACCAAAAGGCACAAGUUGUUGUAUAACCAUAAGCUAAAAACCUGACUCAAGUAUUCAUGCUGUUGAGAUUGCAGACAUAUAUUUAUUUAUUAUAAGUGGACAUUCCAAAUUUUUCCUUGGGCCCAUAAGUUAUCAUGCAAUACAGACAGAGCACACAGCUGUAACAAUCAGCUCCCAAAGUAAUGCUGUUUUGGCGCCCUUCGGUACCCAUGCAAGUGAUUCUGCAGGUGGAUCAAGGGUCUGUUUUCUUCCUGUUUGUCUUCAGUAGCUGAAGGACUUGAUGGGAUACUUUAUGAGUCACUAUAUAAAGAAUGUAAUUUAUACAGUCUAUUAUGCAAUGGGACAGAGCAAGGCAAGUUUCAGCUGAAGUGAAAGAUAAAUUUCAAGCACCUGAACCUGAAACACAAAGAUGGCUGGACCCUCUUUGUUUCAGUUGACAGGUAAUUAUAUUGAUGUAUGUCUUGGGAUGGGCAGCUGAGUUGUGUUGCUCUGUCUCCCUCAUCAAUGAUUUGGCUUGCAGUUAUCAUGUCAUCAGUUAGAUACACAUUUUAGAGAAAGUAAUCACUGCCUCUUUGGAAGUAAUUGUCCAUCAUCUGUGAAUUAAUGUUUACCAUGAUAAAUGCCUUGUGUGUGUUUCAUAUUGGAAUAGUUUGUAUAUUAUUGUACAAUAGAGAGAGAAAAGUUAUUGGGGCACCAGUGUUGCCACCAAACACUUCUUGAGAGUGUGGGCGUUGGUGGCACUGGUAGUUUGCUGCUGAGCUUCUCCCAAACAUGGUGCUGCGAUCAGGGGUGGGGACAAGCUUGGCUCUAGAUUUGGAACAAUGUAUUCUUCUGUGAAGUCCAAAGAUUGCAAAUGUUUAUUUUUGAUGCAUUAUGUAGCACUGCUUAUUCAGUUUUAGAAUUGGCAUGCUAAAGACAAGUGUUAUACUGACUUCAUAUGUUGUAAGAUGAAGUUGAAUGUCGAUAGUGUACCUGAAAACAUCAGAGACUGCAGAUUUUCUCUCCGCACGUGUUGCUUGGAAUUUUUAAUUAUUUAAAACUAUCGGGGGAAUUUUUCAAUACUCAUCAAGUGAGGGAGGGAAAUGAUGUGCCAGCUGCCCCCACACCCUGACAGCCAGUCCUGUUGAAAGGGAGAAGCCCAAAAUGCUAUUGCUGAGGACCUUUAAUCCCUGGGAACUACGUUACCUGGCGAGAUGAGUCCAAAUUAUAUAUACAUGAACAAUGAGCAAGAUGGCGUGAGUUUGCCAGUGUGUUGUGGGCACGUAAUCUGGUGCGCCAACUGUUGGGAACCACUGAGACAGCCUGUAGUGUUUGCCUGAGAAAGAAAGAUAGCUAGUUCUAUUGCAGGAGCCACAACCUGUUUGUGCAUACACUCCACAUCUUGCUCUAUUCAUGAUAUUGAGCCUAUAUUAGGAAUUGCCAAAUUGAUGAAAAGUUUAUAGCUUUUAUUGAGUAUUAGAAUGAUUAUUUACUGUGUAUGUAUCAAUUACCUACUUCCCAUGGGAAGCUUGUUUUUUUUCUGCAAACUGCAAAUUCUAUUAUGAAAUCCUUUCUAUGGGUUGGUGUAGAAUUAUAUCAUUCUUUUCUAACAUAAGUACUAUACAUGUUGAAAGUGCAUAACAAAUUAAAAGUAGUGGAGUAUGGAUAUCCUUUGUUAGCAGAUCCUUCAGAGAGCUGCAAUGUUGUCAUUAUUCUUAAAAGUCUUGUUUGUAAGCUGUAACAUUUUGUUAGCCACCAUGCCUGGUCUGGUCAGCAUUGCACUCAUCAACAGAGAAUGAGAAGAACAGAGGCCUGGCACCACUGACCUCACAUUCUCCCUUACCAGAAGUUAUAACAAACUAACUGGGUUCUUAAACUCUCUGAGAUCUGCUUCUUAAGUUUUCAAGUAUGUGGUGUUGCUAGCCAGUGCACACCCACCACCCUUGCUCCACUGUAGCUGCAUUUGUGAUUUCUUGGUGUGUUUUCUGUCUUGGCGUCUGUAGGAAGCCGUGUCACAUCCAGACGUCAUUUUUGGUGUUUACAGUCUUGGCCAAGGUCUGUGUUGUGUUUAGGUCUUGUUCAUCUUGGACAGUCCCUAAUGAGUGCCAGGCCUUGCCCUUGGCUUUGUCAGUAGUAGUCUCUUAAGAAGAGCAUCAGUCAUGUGUAAUAUGAUAUUGAUUUCUAUUCAAAACAAAUGAGACUUUUUAUUAAGAGUUAUUGCUGACUUGUAGUUUUAAGCAAAUUACAAUGACAAGAUGAACACCUCCCAUAUCAUGAGGAACACUGCUUAUUCACACUGGUUUGUUUGCUAAUACAUAUUAAACUGAGGAACUAUGUAACUUGAAGCAAAAUGGUGCAGAUCAAUUUUACUUAGAUUUGGUAAUAUUUCAAUCUUUAUCAACUAUGGUAUGCAACUUAUGUUUUGGCUCCAAUUUGAAGUGUUUACAUUGCCAAGGUUUCGGAGGAGUGUUCCUGAUGUGUGGGCUUGGAGCGUUCACCUUGCCAUGGUGCUUUGAGAACCAGAGGUGCAGCCUGACAACACCUAGACCCACUGGCGGCUUAAUUCACAAUCUCAGUCAUGCUACGCUACCAGGGUCUGAGAGUGCUAUUUCAAGCCACAAGCCUCUUUGAACUGAUUCUGGCUAAAAAGACAUUUCAUUUCAAGUGUUGAUCUCACUCCCACCAUUAUUCUCCAAAGUGAAACAAUUCACUUCACAGCUUGUAGACUCCCUGGUCACUGAGGGAAUGUUUGUACUGUCAUCAUGGUGGCAGGAGUGGAGUGGGAGUGUGUAGACAAGAGUAGCAAGGAUCAGGCAUAUUAAUGCGCUUUGAAGUCUUAGGUUAGGAAGGUGAUUCAGUUCUAGUUUAGGGUGAAUAGUUUAUUAUACAGAUAGUUAGUAGGGAUGCAUCAUUCAUACUGUGAUGGUAUUCUAGUACCAUUUAGUUAUUUAGAUCUUAUUUAACUGAAUUACCUCAGUGUAGGCUCUUAUUUACUUUCCUCCAUUGAUCAGUAACUUGCAUUAGUUAAAGCAAAAGAAAUCUGUUGUGUGUAGAGGUGCAGCUCAAGAAUCAUGUAUACUGCUUAUUGGUGAGAAUUUUUCAUAGCACAAACAAAGGAAGCGAUGUUUUCUCCAUUCCCUCAGUGACAAAGGGGAAUUAAAGCAGAAUAACUUAUUGAUCACCAAAGUUUCUCCAGGUGGGUUGUGUUGCCCCACAGUGGGGCAGCAAUGAGGAGGCUCAGUCAGGCUGGACCUCUGGUGGGGAAGGUUAGGCUCUCACAAUGAGAACUGAGCGGGGCUGUCUGUGCCCCGCAGUGCCCCGCCACGGCUGCCUCUUAUUGGACUGUUCUUAUGUCCUGUAAAACUCCCUGGCUCUAUUUUGGAGCAGAUUAUGGACUCCACUUCUCUGUUUUAGGAGGGACCACGGCCAUCUUGCUUCAUGUACAGCCACUGGGUCAUGAUCUUUUGUAGGAUGGAGAGGGAUUUUUACUUUUUUAUAUUCCCAGUGUUACUCCUGAGCCUGGUCGAGGGCAAGAAGGUAAAGCACUAAGUGGAGGCCAUUCUUUAAAAAUCCAACCAUGUUGAGUGACAGGUGUGUCUCCCGGGGCCAGGCAGCUCCCCCUCUGAUGUUAGCAUGUUGCACAUGUACCGUUACGAUUAUAUUAAUCAAUACGUCAUUGUACUUUGCCCAUCAAUAAAACUCAUGUGAACUGUA